CUUGAUAAUGCAAUUCGUGUCGUCAGCAGUGGACAGUGUCAUCAUCACACAGAAGUCAAAAUAGGACAGGUGUGUCACAAAAUAAAAUGUAAUACAAUAAUACCAAGUGCUGAGAAGGAUUUUGCGAACUGUAAGUAAGCUUAGAGAGUGCCAAAGCAGUCAUGGACGAGAGCAUCAGAGUUUCAUUGGCCUUCCACGAUCUGACAGAACUCGACAAAGAUAUCGUCUCAAAAUACUCAAGCAAAGCACAGGUCCUGGAUUUAAGCCACAACAAUUUCAGUGACCUGCGCUCUCUGGAGACCUUCCAAAACAUCCACACUCUCAUCCUGGACAACAACAGCCUGAAAUCCCAUGUAAAGUUCCCGUCCCUUCCCAAUAUCACGAUUCUGUGGGUCAAUAGGAAUCGCAUCGCCAACCUGACGGUAUUCAUUGAGACCGUUGACAAGGCAUUCCCGGAUCUUCAAUACUUGAGUAUGAUAAACAACCCGGCUGCACCGAGUUUCUUCAACGGAGGGUCGUAUGAACAGUAUCUAGACUACAGACACUAUGUUAUCAGCCAGUUGCCAAAUUUAACAAUGCUGGACGAUAAAGCUAUCACAACCUCCGAGAGACAAGAAGGGGAGAGAAUCUAUAAGCAUCAGCUAUCCAUCAAGUCAUCCAGGACUAAACGGAGAUCGUCCGGUCAAUCCAAGAAGAAAGUUCGUAAAUCCAGCAGCAGACAGUCUCUUGAGGAGAGCAAUGUGGACCUUCCAUCUGUGGAGGAGCUGACCAAAAGAUGAUGAAGAUUCACGGUCAAAGGGAAGUCUAAGGGCCUUUUCACACAGGCCUUGGUAACGAGAACGAAAACGAGAUUGUUAAAAAUGCACACCCUCGAUUUGAUGAAUAAGCGUGGGGUUAUUCUGUGUGGAGCAUUUCAGAAUGCGUUCUCUUUGCGUCGUUACCGUUAUCGUUUUCGUUAUUGCUGCUGUGUGACUCGGUCUAAAGGGCCUUGUCACACGAGGGCAACUUGGAGGCAACCAACUACCGGUACAGUGCAUGCUACAGGACCACUUUGGUUGGUUUGCACUUGAGUCAUUCUUCAAACAAUGUAUGCCAGUCCCCAAGAAAAAUAUGUGGACAUUACAAUGUGAAUGGCUUUUCUUGUUGGAGAUUACCUGGAACUGGUUGCCUUUAAUUAUUGCCUUGUGUGACAUGGCACUUAAGUAUUGCUACAAUGUACAACUAUCAGCAUAUUCUGUUCACGUCAACAUGCUUCAUAUUGUUUGUGCUGCAAAUAUUUUGCUCCCUAUAGACCCUUUUCAUAAUAUGACGUCACACAUUCAAAAAGGAGGCAGAUCAUUGCACAAUAGCUGUUCUCUGUGCGUAAAUACUUGCCCGUGACCUCAGCACACCUGUAGCUUUUCGUGCUAUGCAAGGGGGAGCUAUUGAUUUCUUACACAAAACAGAAUGCGCCUCCAAACAAUGCGCGCAAUUUUGGGUGUCAACUCUCUUUUCCGAUGCUUGUAUACCGUAUACGGUUUUGACUCCCAAAAUGACACCCAGGAUAGGCACAUGUGAGUACGCUGCGCCAAUUGCAAGGGGUCUUUAUAAGCAUUGUUUAUAUUUAUUACUAACACCAUGCUGUCUUAUCAGCCGUUCAUAGCGAGCAGUUAAGGGCACAUGUCUCAAGCUUUGGUGUUUCUGAUCAGCAGAAUCUGGGUUCGAGUCUAGGUCAGGGCACUUCAGCAUAUUCUUAACCAUAAUAACUUUGCCCUUUGGAUGUGAGGUAAAAAAAAAAGAACGCAAAAUAGUAAACAUAAAUUUGUUCUAUCUUUUUUUUCUUACUAAAGUACUAUCAAUAAUUUAAUGGUCAGUGUGCAACAUAAUUUUGGGUUUCAUGUUUCACUCUGACUAAUAUUAGCUUCGAAAGUGAAUAACUGGCAGCUUUAGUUAAUCAAAUUAGCAACCAAAUCUCUUAAAGUAGGUUGAAAUUUAUAUUGUGUAAAUAUUAAUACAUCAACUCUUAAUCUAAUUGAGAAAGCAUCUUAUAAAUAACCGGAACCACUUAUCAGCUGAUUUAAUUUUCAGUAAUUGAAAUGUCUAUAUUAAAGAGACUGUUUAUUAAUGGUACUGGUAUGGAUUUAUAUUCGAUCCUAAUUCUUUGGGGUUUUCCUCUCACAUCUAAAUCUGAAACUUCUUUUUUCUUCCCUCCAUUAGGUUGUUGGCUAGUACAGUGGUUAUUAGUUCGCUUUUCUGAGAGCCCUUGGCUCCACAACCAGAAUUAAUAAAUGAAAAUAUAUUUGUAUAAUGGUAUUGACUAAAAUUCAACAUUAUUUGGUUUGCGGUAACGCCAUAACUGUGUGUGUCUACUUGCCAGGUAGAUUUUGCUCUUUAGAGAACUGUGUUUCUUUAUUCUACUAGCGCGGAGUAGAUUUCUUUAGAAGAAACUGGUCUUCUAUUUGAAGGAACAGAUCCUUAGGUGCUAUGUGUCAACUUGCACAGGAAGGAUGUGUACUUUAUGCCUCGUAACACCUGUUUCAGACAGGCGCUCCAGAGUCGUGCAUAACCAAAUUCUGACGUCUGAAACAGUUAGGAGCGACUGGACGCGCUAGAAGUCGAAAGAUCGACUGUUGCAGACAUUCAGGAUGACUCUGGAGUGCCUUGGUUUCAGACGUCGAUCAUGUCUUGAGCUGAACCUAGUAUAAAUGUUUUGUUAAGUUCGCCUGGAUCGACCCAGAGUCGCUCCUAAUCUAUUUGGUUCAGCGCGACUCAGGAGCGCCUGUCGGAACAGGGUGUAAGGCUCUUAGUGAUGCACCCUACAGUUACAGACCUCAGACACUGCUGUCUCAAUUCCCUGAUGUGCUUCCAUAAACUAUUCAAGUCUUGUGCUUAUUAAAACUUCCGGGACCAAGUUGGUCCCAAACCAUAUUUGUUUUUUUUUAACAUGGGCACAAUUUGGUUUCUUCAAAUACUUUAGUUUAGCAUAUUUUAUGGCUAAUGAAAUGAAACUGAUAUGGAAGUACAAUAUAUUUAACCAAUCAACAAAGAAAACCAGAAAAUAGGACUUGACCUCUGUUUCCAAUUUUGCCAAUUGACGUUCAAGUUUAUAUCAUUAAACAUAUUUAAUCGCUGCACAAAUUCGGGCAAGAUUGCCUCGUCCAAAGUCCAAAGAUGCCUUUGAAAAGAAAAUGUACACAAAUUUGUACUUACCAUGGAAAAAGAGUAGUAGCAUUUACAGUGUUAAAUGUUGCAAAACGAGAAAGUGCACAUUUGUAUAUUAUUCCUACUGAAAUAUUCCCUUUUUCUACAUAUUUGUAUGCUAAUAUUUUAUCUGAUCAUUAAUUUUGGAAAGUGCACACUAUACAGUAGCACUCUGCACUAAUGAAGUAACUUUUGCUCAAAAUACCUGGCUGUCUGCUUUCAGUCAAGCUUUCAGUCAAGCUUUCCACCACUUUUGUAAUCUUGUUUACCUAUUUGCCAAAUUGUACUUUAUAAUCAUUUAAACAUUCUUUUCUCACCACAACUACAAGAGCUUCUCCCAUUUUUUUAUGGUCAAAGAUCAUCUUCUUACCCUGCUCCAUUUCUUUGGAACAGUCUUCAUGUGCAUACUCGCCAGGCUAGUUCUUUACACUCUUUUAAGUCUCAGUUCCAAAUUUAUUUGUUUGAAGCUGCAUAAUUGUAAUCUGCUUAACUUGAAUCUAUCUUUCACUCACUGUUUCUUUCAAGGUACUCUAUAUUUGUUUCGGAUUAAUUUAAAGAAAGAGUUGUGUAAUACUUGACUGAUUACACGUUUUAAUUAAAUGUGAGUGGAUGUUCAAAAUUCAUCAGGGAUAAAGAAAAAUAUUUGUGGAUGCUUACAGGACUCGGGAGACAGUUACUCUGAGUAACGGUGCUUUGAAAACAUUGGUGUAUGGCUAAAACUUUAGUUAUAACCUUUUGUGAUUAAUGUAAUUUUGUAAUAAUUUUGUAACCCAUCCGUUAACUUCCUGUCCAUAUUUGUGUCAAAAUUAAUGUAUACUUGUAAUUAGGUGAACAUUUUAUAUUAUACGCAAUGCAUAUAUAAUACAGAUAUAUGACAGGAGAGAUUUUAUCACAUUGUUGUGAAAUUAAUUGAAGAACACUUAUUAAAGAGGACAUUUUUGCAAUGACAGAAUA